CACAGGGGGCGCUGUGUAGGAACAGCUCCCAUGUUUAUUAAAAUGUUCCACACAGCGGAAGCUGCUUGUUCAUCUGAUUGUCUCCAAGAUGGCUCUAGCUAGUGUAUUGAGCAGUGAAUGUGCGGAUUUUUCAUUGGAUUUUCGUCAGCCGUUUGGUUUUAACUGUGGACCGGGACAGAGCGGAGCGGACUGCGAUGCUGCACCGGGGGACAGUGUCAGUUUUUCCGUUAAAAAUCCGAUGCUGGCCGGAGACGAUGAUGGCGUUGAGAGGAAAAUAGAGUUUCUCCAUGGAACCACCACGUUAGCUUUUAAAUUCGAGCAUGGAGUCAUUGUUGCCGUUGACUCCCGGGCGACGGCGGGCUCCUACAUCGCCUCGCAGACAGUGAAGAAGGUGAUCGAGAUCAAUCCGUACCUGUUGGGCACCAUGGCCGGAGGAGCAGCUGACUGCAGCUUCUGGGAGCGCCUGCUGGCCCGCCAGUGUCGCAUCUACGAGCUUCGCAACAAGGAGCGCAUCUCGGUGGCGGCUGCCUCUAAGCUGCUUGCCAACAUGGUGUACCAGUACAAGGGCAUGGGGCUCAGCAUGGGAACCAUGGUGUGCGGCUGGGACAAAAGAGGCCCAGGGCUGUAUUAUGUGGACUCGGAGGGGAACCGGGUGUGUGGCGACCUCUUUGCGGUUGGCUCGGGCUCCAUGUACGCCUACGGUGUGAUGGACAGCGGCCUCCGGCAAGAUCUGACCGUGGAUGAAGCCUGCGAACUGGGCCGCCGCGCAAUCUACCAGGCGACGUUCCGAGACGCUUACAGCGGAGGGCAGGUCAACCUGUACCACGUCCACAGCGGCGGUUGGACCAGGAUCUCCCAGGAAGACGUCCUCAUGCUGCACCAGAAGUACAAGGAUCAGGCGUAGUUGACAUGGGGGUGGAGGGAUAAAGAAGCAGAGGGCGGUGUUGUCUGAUAGCCGAUGUUUAACAUGUAAGGAAGGUUGACGGAAUAAAAAAGGACUCUACUUCCAGUUGCAUCACUUUGGUUACUUGUUCCUAUAAGCUGUUUUAGAUUUGAGCUCCACCCACUUUACUAAGUGUGGUUUCAUGCUCUGCAGGAUGGGAGGGGGCAGAUGAGUCAAACAUGCUCUAAUACAAUGUGGGAGUAGUGCUUGACCUACAUACAUUUCAUUGAGACUGUAUUUGAAAAUUUAAAUCUUUUCCUCAAUAAAGCCUGUGACCUUCUUUUCCAA